AUGGAGCUGCCCAAGAGCCCGGCCGUCCCCAUCGUGCGUUACACGUCUACCGCCCGUCUCCAGUCUCAACCAAUGUGCAAGCAGGUUCUGCCCUCGUUUCAGGGCCCGGAGAGCUUGCUCUUCACCUUUGAGGCCGACGAUGCCUUCACAUUCCAUCUCGGACGCAUUGGGGCCAGCUUCAAUGAGUAUCGCGAGCUCCAGACCAAGAUCCUGGGCCACCUAGUCCCACGCACGCUCUUCCAUGUUCGGUUGCUCCGCCAUGUCCGACUGGCAGCCGCUCGCAUCCGGCACUCCGGCACCAUUGCCAGCGAGAUCCUGGCAAACGAGCUUGCCAUGGAGGGCUACACGGUGUCCCUCCAGCGAGGGGAGGGUGGCGGUCCCGGGACCCAGUGCUUCAAGAACCUGCGACACACCUUCCUCACAGUCCAGGACCCAGACAGCCAAGACUCCUUCAUUGUAGAGCUGUCUUUCCGGGACCAUUUUGCCAUCCCCCUCCAGUCCCUGCGGUAUCAGAGCCUGCUGGACCUCCUCCCCGACGCCCUGGUGGCGCUGCCCUCGGACCUCUCCCCCCUUGUGGACAUCGUGAGCCGCGAGCUGACCCGCGCCUUUGCCGCGGCGGGGCUGGACAUCCCGCCCUGGCGCCAGGCCAAGAGCAUGCUCAGCAAGUGGCUGCCCAAGCGCGCGCAGUCCACCUCCCUCAGCGCGGCCCCCAACUCCGAGCUGGCGGCCGCCGGCUCCCUGCACUGCCACCCACGCGUCGUCACCCACGAGCCGGCGCUGGGCUCCGAGCCCGCCUCGCCCACCUCCCCCUGGUCCGACCGCGCGAGCGACGCCGGCGACGCGCCAGGCGGCGCCUCGCCGCGUGCCGUCCUCCCGGAGGACGAGGAGCCGGCAGGGAAGCUGGGCGCGCUCCGCGGCGAGGGCGGCAAGCGCCGCUCCCUGCUCAGCUGGAGCCUGGCGCUGCAGCCGGCGCCGGGGCCGCAGCGGCCCGGUGCCUGGCAGCAGGAGCCCACCAUCCGCGUGGUGCAGCGGCAGGGCAGCCGCCACGCCGUCGCCGCGUGA